AAAAUCACAACCGCUAUGCGUAAAUCUCGCGAGAAUUGUUCACUGAGACGCAAGUUAGCGUUAAUUGGCCAGUCGCCGAAACGUGACUACCGAAAUGUUCCCUUAAAUGGUGUUGCGAAUACGAUCGCCCACAUGUCGCUCAACAAGCAGACCGCUGCUGCCAGAGUGGCCCAGCUGCCCCUGGUACGAUCUGCCUGCACCAGCCUAUCAGUGUUGUACGGGGACACCAAAAGGAGAAAUGCCAGCCUGAAGUGUGUGUGUGAGGGCCUGGAGAACAGCGUGACCAUGUUGGGUUCGGCGGCUUUUCACAGAGUGUCACCUGUCAUCACUAAACUACAGCCUCAAGUUUCCCUUGCCAAUGACAUUGCAUGUAAAAGUCUGGACUGGUUGGAGGAAACGUUCCCCGUGCUGCACACACCCGCAGACCAGCUUGUGGCUGGUGUCCGAAGUAAGGUGCUGGAGAUUCAGGAUGUGGUGAGUAUUGCGGCCCAUGGAACUGUGGACUGCGCGCAGCACGCAGUCACAUGUGUCAUGGCGAGGGUGCAGAAGCCGGAAGACCAGUCACUGGUGGGAAAGGCUGUCAGUGUGUCCACCAGGGGACUAGCUUCUGCGCUGAACGUAUCUGAGGCACUGGUGGACCGCAUGCUACCGCCUACAGAGGAAGAAAAAAAAGAAGAGGAUGGUUUAGCGGAAGGUUCUGAGGCAGCCACGUUCGAGAGAAAGUACUCGGUGCGACUGGUGACACUUUCCAUUACGCUGUGCAGGAGAACCAUCCGGCUGGCUGGAGCCAAGAUUCACUCUGCUCAGAUCAUGGAGGCUUUUUCACCAUCUUCAGGUCAGCUUCGCAUCCUGCAUACCAGCUGGCUGGCCUUGGCAUGGAGCCUGGAGCAGCUCCCGCUACAUGUACAGCAGCAGAUUGUGUCAACCUUCUUCUACUUCACACAAAUGUACAACUUAAGAGUCACCCAACAGAGCUGUUCCAAACAGGAUACAAGUGUGUGCCUCAGUGGAGUGGCAUCAGAGGCAAAUCCAACUCUACACAAGGAUAUCAAGAAUAUUCCGCAACCAAAUUCCAACUGGCGAGCAAGAAGACCCGCCAGUAUCUUAGGUUUGAGAGCUGAUCAACCCCACUAGGAAAAGGAGUGGGCAGCAUUGACGGGUUUCACUGAGUGGUCUGUGUACUAGUACGUGUAAAUAAAGGCACUUGAAGAUUGAGCUGACUCAUUCAAAUGUAUUCCAGAGCUGCACCAAUAAACCAUACAUUUUAAUUUGUACUU